GGUCCCGGGGCUCUGAGAGGUGCCCGCUCCCCGCUCCCCGCCGCGUUCACUCGCUGCUCGUUUCAGAAGAUGGCUAAAAGCCGAGGCGGAAAGAGGAGACUGUUUCACUGAGACAUACGGCGAGCUGGGUUGAUGUGGCUGCUGUUGUCUUGGAGACCUUGUUCCGCCUUCUCGUCCCCUCUGCUGCCAUGGCUAGCACUAGUGACCUGGACCAUCAGAUAGAGCAGCUGAUGCGCUGUGAACUUAUCAAAGAAUCGGAAGUGAAAGUGCUGUGUGGCAAAGCCAGGGAGAUUCUUUCUGAAGAGAGCAACGUUCAACAAGUGAAUUCUCCAGUCACUGUAUGUGGAGACAUCCAUGGGCAAUUCUACGAUCUCAAAGAGCUUUUUAAAGUUGGAGGAGACAUUCCUGAAACUAACUACCUGUUCAUGGGAGAUUUUGUUGACAGAGGCUUCUACAGUGUUGAGACAUUCUUGCUGCUAUUAGCACUGAAGGUUCGCUAUCCUGACAGAAUCACGCUGAUCAGAGGGAAUCAUGAGAGCAGGCAGAUUACCCAGGUGUAUGGUUUUUAUGAUGAGUGCUUGCGUAAAUAUGGGUCGAUAACUGUGUGGAGGUACUGCACCGAGAUCUUUGAUUACCUCAGCCUUUCUGCUGUUGUGGAUGGAAAGAUCUUCUGUGUGCACGGAGGCCUGUCUCCUUCCAUCCAGACCCUGGACCAGAUUAGGACGAUCGACCGGAAACAGGAAGUGCCCCAUGAUGGCCCAAUGUGUGAUUUGCUGUGGUCUGACCCAGAAGAUACAACUGGCUGGGGCAUCAGCCCCCGUGGAGCUGGCUAUCUCUUUGGCAGUGACGUUGUUGCCCACUUCAGUGCUGCCAAUAGCAUUGAUCUGAUCUGCCGUGCCCACCAGCUGGUGAUGGAGGGCUACAAGUGGCACUUCAAUGAAACUGUUCUAACUGUCUGGUCAGCACCCAACUACUGUUACAGGUGUGGGAAUGUGGCUGCAAUUCUUGAACUGGACGAGCAUUUAGAGAGAGAGUUUACUAUUUUCGAGGCUGCUCCUCAGGAGUCUCGAGGGGUGUCAGCCAAAAAGACGGUUGCUGACUACUUUCUCUGAAGAUGCGCCAUAAUGUGGUGGAACUACACUAUCAACACUGGGCCUGUCUCAGGAGGGACCGAUGUGACAAAAUGGUGUACUUUGUGAACUGCCCUUGCAUUCAGAAGACAGAUUAGGCCAUCUGCCUGCUCCUGGGAAAACGCCACCUUGCCCAGUGCCAUGGCAAUGAGGCCAUGGUGAUCUCUUGCAAUCCUUGUGGUUCUUCCUUACAUUGAGGAAAAUAAAUAACUUUGUGGAAAUCACACACCUCUCUUCAAGCUGAAUAGCAGUGCUGAAGAAAUUAUUUGCCCCUGAUGAUGCUGGUUUCCUCUGGGUCGAAACAGAAUUGGCACUUUUUAAGAGAAUUUUUAGAAGAUUUUUAAACAAAAAAUUUCUUUGAAAUUUCCUCUGUGCUAUAAUCUAUGGUCCUUGUCCAGACAUUAAGAAUCGUAGCAGCUAUGUUUUAUUUGUGCAGGGAGAACCAACUUGUUAAGCAAUCGUGUAAAGCAACUUUUGUCUGGAAAUAAUUUUAUUUGGAGGAGUUACCUUGUAUUCUUUUUAUAAUUUAAUUUGAACUUGCUGUGCAAAAUUGAGUUGGAUUUUGUCUGAGCCACAUGAUAUGUUGUGUCAUCGCAUUGUCCUCCAUUCUCCACCAGGCUGGGGACAUGGUGUAGUUGACUGUAAUUUGAUUUCUCUUUGCACUUUGCCCCCUGAUCUGUGGAAGCCCCCUCUACCCCAGUCUGGAGCCUGCAAGUAUGAAAACCUGACAGGCUUGUAUCCCACUGGAAUUCUGUGUAGUAAGAGUGCUUAGGGGAAAUCUGGUUUCAGUGAAAGCAGCUGAAAUCUGGAUAAACUCCCACGAUCUGAACAUUUCCAGUUUUAAUCACACCAUUUCUGGCCCAAUGUGGGUGGGAAGAAGCUUCAGCUUCCAGGCAGCACCAAGAGAUUUGUAUCAUCUUUAGACAAUGCUGUUCCUCAGCCCAUGCUAGGAGGCUUGAUCCUUUACUCAGUGAAAUAUUCCAUUGGUUUUGGAAGCAUUGAAUUAAUUCGAACAUGUUAAAUUGAGUGAGAAAAGUUUCUUAGCCUGUGUGAGGCACUUGUACCCUGUAAACCUGUCACAUCACUUAUCAUAGCAUUGACUGUGAUUAUUGGUAAUUACCUCAAUCUCUUACCUUCUAACCACCACUUUUUUAAAUGGUUUUGAUGUUCAAAGCAUUAAAAAGGAAAACUAAGACCAGGAAACAUUGAUUUCUAGCAGGUUGCAUGUGUUUUUAGUGUGUGGUGGGAAGGGAGAACAUAGUAAAGUGUAAUUGAGCCACUGGCUUUGGGUAGCAGUUGAUACAGUAUGAAAAGGAAAGUUGCCAGGUUCCCAUUGCUCAAACAACUGGGGUGGUCUCAUUGCAGACAUUUGGAACAGGAUCAAAUUACAGUCGAACUGUUUGCUCCUGUCGUGCUGUUAUCAGUGGACCCGUAGGCAGUAAUCAAUCUGUGCCCAAGGAAUUGAGCAGGGCAGACAGCCUUGAAAGAAAUAGGGUUUCAGAUCUGACCUUUUGUCAGCACUGAAAUAUGAAGUUACUCUCCACAAUUGCUUCCUCACUAAGCCAUCCAACAUUCUAUUUUCAGAUGCUUCCUUGUUUGUGGUGCGGCCAGCCUGAACCAAGUUCCCUUCUGUUGCUGGAGCUUCUAGAGCACCUUCCAAUGGAGCAUUACACACCAUGAGGCGGGAAACUUGAAGUCUGCCUGAUUGAGAGUAACUUGUGUUCCCCAGGGGAACAUCUAACAUCUGGAGGACAGGGGCAGUGGGUGACAGGAAUGAAGGAAUUCCCUCACCAGGCAACAGGAGGGGUUACUGCUGCAAUCACGUCCACAUGCCAUUGACUGGCCCUGAUACCAGACUGGAGACACGCAUGUUCCACUCCCCACCCGGCAAAGAUCAUCUGGGGUGGGGUUGAACUUGUGCAAAACCGGCUCCCAGGUAUGGCCUCUGGCUGCCUUGUCCUGCUUUGCAUUCUGCUUCACAACUGCUGAAAGACUCUUCAGUUAGCAGACAGUUCCAUAUUGGUGGGCAGCAAUACAGUGCCUCUUGCUAGGAGCGGUUUCCACCUUGAGCCACUACCACUGCUGCUCUUGGUUAAACCGUGUAAAUUAGUUUCAAAUCUCACUCUCUAGUGGCAAGGCUUUCAAUUCUUCUGUCAUCUUCCCUUCUCUGGGAAGUAUUUCGUUAGAUGUGAGACUGUGGGCAGGAACUCGUUACAGUGAUUGUGACUGGGACUUGAGGGCUGAUCAGUGCAGGGGAGCACUGAAGCAACUACUGUACAUCGUUUUAAGCUCUUAUUUAAGAUUCUGUUGAGGCAGUAAGGGAGAAAAAAUCCUCAGUGUGAUUUAAACUGAGAUUGCUGUCACUUUCUCGUGGUUCUGACACUGAGUGCUGGGGUUUGUGGUGAAUUUAAACUGACCUGAUUGCUGUCUGUUUAAUUCCUGAACUGUGACUUUUGUAGACCUGCUUCCAUUAAAACAUAGGGGUUUGCAGGUACUGGAAUUAAGGACAUUGAGAGAAAUCUUGUCUGAUCACCCAGUGACCUGUUGCUAGCAAAAUACAGCAGAUCAAAUUCUGGUUAGAAUGAAAUUGAGCAACUAGAAUGAGUAACGGGUGAUUAGGUCAGUGAUAGGUAGGAGGGGGCUGAUUAACCCUUUCAUUGGGCAUUUGUCAAGAUUCUGGUGAGUUCUCCCAAUAGUCCACACCCCAUUUGAGCUUGCCUGUUGAGUUGGCCAGUGCCUCUUGCCUCACAGAACACUGUCUAUUGAAGCUAUAUUGCUAAAAUAGGGCAAGGCCAUUGGGUUUCUGGUGAACCAUUUUCAGGGAGAAGCUGAACUAAUAAUCACUUCAGGAAUUACCAAUUAGUUUCUUUUUAAUCCAUGAAUUAGUUUUGCAUAAGUUACCAGUUUUUCCAAAAUACAUUAAUAUUGUAAUAAUUUAUAUUCUGUUUUCAAAUAUUUCAGCAUUUACUGAAACAUUCUGGUUUGCUGUACUAAAUUGAGCUGUACCACAGACAUGUGCAAGCAAGACCAGUAUUGUAUUUGGUCAUCUAUUAAAUCACUACCAGUUUUGAAUAGGAAUUUGUUAUAUCAAUAGUGUGAUUUUCCCCCCUCCCCCCUGGGUGUGGCUCUAAAUAAAGAUUGUCACAAUAUUAAAACUUUAUUUAUUUAGCACAUCAGAACAUACAGUGAGAUGCAGCAUUUGCGUUAACAACCCAAGGAUGUGCUGGCAGCCCAGAAGUUCAAGGUUCAAAGCAAAUUUGUUAUCAAAGUGCAUAUAUCUUCAUUUACUACCAAGACUCAUUUUCUUGUGAGCAUUCACAGUAACUGCAAUUAAAAACUGCACACAAAGGCAAACAACCAUUGUGCAAAAGACAACAAACUGCACAUACAAAAGAGGUAAAACCCGAAUAAUAAAUAAGCAAUAAAUAUCAAAACCAUGAGUGUGGACCCAUUUCAGUGUGGAGGUGAGUGGGGGAAAUGUGUAUUCUCUUUGUUUUGUUUUUUAUAUUCUGCUUCCAAUUGCAGAAGUUAGUUAUCCACUCUGGUUUGAAAGCCUGAUGGUAAGGGAAAUAAAUAAUUUCCUGAACCUGGUGGUGUGGGACCUGAGAUACCGGUACCUCCUUCCUGAUGACAGCAGUCUGUUCGUUUGUGUGUGUGAUCGAUCGUGGUCUGGAUGGUAGGGGUUUUUGAAGAUGACUGCAGCAGUACUCGGUGUGAAUAGUGCCAUCACGCAUUCCAGUGCUAACACAGUAGUGAAAAAAACUACUGGUUAGUUAAUGCUACUUGGAGACAGACCUUGACUGUAGCAAAGCCAUUGCCUAAACCUACUGCUCAGCUAAAAGUGAUAGUACCAGAAUCUGCUCCAGUCACUUGACAGCAGAGAGUGUGGGUUGAGGUGGUCCAAAGGUUAAAAUGUUUGACUGCCAACUCAUUUUGGAAUGGUGAUUAAAGCAUUUAAAAAAAAAAACACACAGUCCAACUAUCAAUGGUUAAUUCAGCAAAUCUUGAAAGAGUUUCAGAGUUGUGAAAUAGAGGCAUGAGGCAAGAAUUUGUCAUGUCUCAUUGAAUGCUGCUGUUUUGUUGUUUCUUUUGAAUAAGAGCAAAUCCCAUUACUCCAAUAUCUGGGCCUUGUUCUCCAUCACAGUGCAUCUACACAAACCUCUUGAGGGUGUGGGGUGGCUCAAUUGGUACAAAAUGAAAUCAAAUUGUUAGAGGUUACAUAGGAUCUGAAGAUGUAGAAUGGGUGGUUAUGGUAAAAGACCCUGGUGGGAGUUAUACGCUGGCAACUGUUUGGAAGUCUGUAUGUGGGCUACAAAUUGCAACAGCAAUGAGCAAGUGCAACAAGCAGUGAAGAGGGCAAAUGGAAUGUUGGCCUUUGUUACAAGGGGAAUUGAGUACAAGAGCAAGGAUGUCCUUUUGCAUUUGUACAGGGCCCUGGUGAGACCACACCUGGAAUAUUGUGUACAGUUUUGGUCUCCAGGUUUAAGGAAGGACAUUCUGGCAAUUGAGGAAGUGCAGUGUAGAUUCACUAGGUAGAUUCCUGGGAUGGCAGGGCUGUCUUACGCAGAGAGAUUGGGCUUGUACACACUGGAAUUGAGGGGAUUGAGAGGGGAUCUGAUUGAAAUGUUUAAGAUAAUUAAAGGAUUUGAUAGGAUUGAGGCAGGAAAUAUGUUCCAGAUGUUGGGAGAGUCCAGUACCAGAGGGCAUGGAUUGAGAAUAAGAGGUCAGUUAUUUAAAACAGAGUUGAGGAAGAGCUUCUUCUCCCAGAGAGUUGUGGAGGUGUGGAAUGUACUGCCUCGGAAGACGGUGGAGGCCAAUUCUCUGGAUGCUUUCAAGAAGGAGCUAGAUAGAUAUCUGAUGGAUAGGGGAAUCAAGGGAUAUGGGGACAAGUUAGGGACUGGGUAUUGAUAGUGAAUGAUCAGCCAUGAUCUCAGAAUGGCGGUGCAGCCUCGAGGGGCCGAAUGGUCUAUUUCUGCACCUAUUGUCUAUUGAUAGGUGGGAAAGGCUCGUAAAAAGGUUAAUGCUACAAUAGUCCUGUGAGAGUUUUGAUAUGAAGGUAGAUUCAGAAAAUCAGCUUGGUGCUUAUAAGAUGGUUUUUUCGAACAGCUUAUCACACUAAGGAAAAGGCAACUUGGGAUUGGGUUGUUUAAUAAGCCAUAUUUGAUUAGGGAGCUUGAGGUAAAGGAACCCUUCGGUGUCAGUUAUCAUAAUAUAGACUUCACCCUUUGGGGGAGAGAGAAGCUAAGAUUGAUGUAUCAGUAUUACAGUGGAAUAAAGGAAAUUAGAGGUAUGAGGAAGAUGCUGGACAAAGUGGAUUGUCAGGGGACACUAGCAGGGGUGAUGGCAGAACAGCAAAGGUUGGAAUUUCUGGGAGCAAUUUGGAAGGUGUCGGAUAGAAACAUCCCAAAACUGAAGUAGUGUUCAAAUGGCAUAAAAGUAAAAGAGGGUAUAGAAGAUAGCAAAAUUAGAUUGGGGUGCUUUUAGAAGCCAAUAGAGGCAACUGAAGAAAACAAUAAGGUGAAAAAAGAUGAAUUCUUUGGUGAUACAGAGUGGAGUAAGCCCUUCUGAGCCAUGCUUCCCCAAUAACCUCUGAAAAACCUGAUUACUCCUAACCUAAUCAUGAGACAAUUUACCUAUCUGCUAUUCCAUAAAAUAUAGGAGUAGAAUUGGGCCAUCAUGUCUGCUCUGAAGGACUGUGGGAGGAAGUUAGAGGACUUGAACAAAAGCCAAGUAUCUCACGGGGAGGCUCCUUACAGGAAUGUUGCUGGAAUUGAACUCUGAGCUCACGGACACCCCAAUCUGUAGUAACAUUGCUGACCACUACCAACUAUGAAGGCGAGCUAGCUAAUAAUAUAAAGGAGGAUAUUACAUUUUUAGAUAUACAAGCAUGAAAGAGAGGGGAGAGUAGAUAUUAGACUGCUGUAAUGGAGACAAAGACAAAUGCAGAUUCACUGUGGAAGACACCAGCAGUAUGCCAUGCAAUUGAGAAUGUCCUGGGGGGGGGAGGGGGGGCAACAGAAGUGAGUAUGUGAACAAACUUUUUGGGCUUCCAGCCAGGUAUAAAUGUCAAUUAUAAUCAAUGUUUUGAUGACAAACUUUACCAUCUUCACGAGGGAUGAUCACUUGGCCUAGCUAGUUCAGUGGUAUUUAUACUCGCACAGUCCAUCUCUCCUGAUUGGGUAAUCCUCAUCCAAUCAGGUUUCCACUCUCCCACCUUGUUUACAAUUUGAAACUUGACUAGUCCUCAUCCAUCAGAAGAACAGACUACGAGGGUGUAAAUACCACCGGACUGGACGUGCCCGCCAGGCAUCAUCCCUGAUGAAGACGGCAGUUCAUGUUUUGGCUGUUGCUGGCGAGGCACACAGAGGCAACAUGGUAGAUCAUCAAUUGGGUUAAAGACUCUCUUUUGUCGGCCCGGGACUUGAUGGUCUACCAGCACAAGGCGAUGCCCGUGGCAGAAUGCUGUUGACUGGCACAUUCUCGGCUGCAGGAGUCCGCACUGAAACUUGGUGGGGAAGGACCACAGUUUCGGGUUCAUCUCCCGCGGGAGUGGGUGGCAGGGAGCAUACCCCUCUCAACUGUGGUUGUAUUACACAAUGUGAACCAGCAGAGCGCCACGUGGGUGGCUGAAAAUUUCAAACUAUCGGUAAUGUCUGUAAAGAAUUUAGUUAUUGAA